GCGCGACACGUUUGUCGGCGGCGGCGACGGCACGGACUCUACGUCGAUAACGUCAAUACUCUUUUAUUAUCCGGACGCUCAUAUCCGUGUGCGAUAACGCGUUUUGAUAACGUAGGCGAAUAAAUUUACCCAGGGCCGGCGUAUUUCUCGGGGACGCUCAAAUUCGCCGCAAGCACUCUCGACGCGGCGCGUAUAUAAAUCUCUUUCCUCGCCGCGCGAUGAUUCACGUACCUUUCUUGCCGCAACAACGCCGUGAUUCACAUUCGUCCCUCUUUCUCUCCCGUCGUCGUUACUGGAUCUAUGGGGAAUGGAUAUAAGGAAAUUUGUGGUUUGAGCGUGUGAUGACUCCAAGUGCACGUAGCGCAGCACGACCUCGUCGUUCCCGACCGCCCGAAUCUGUACAAACAUGGGACGUUAUACAGGAAAAAAAUGUCGUCUUUUGACGAUGUUGUGGCUGACAGCCUUGUUUUUCUUAGUCGAAAUUGUAGUCGGUUAUGUGACAAAUUCGAUGGCUUUAAUAGCAGACAGUUUUCAUAUGUUGUCAGAUGUUGCUGCGUUAGUAGUGGCAUUUCUUUCGGUAAAGAUGUCGCCGAAAAAAUGGUCUAAAAAUACUUUCGGUUGGGCUAGAGCGGAAGUAUUAGGAGCAUUAGUUAAUGCUGUGUUCUUGGUAGCACUGUGUUUUAGUAUUACUGUAGAGGCAUGCAAAAGAUUUAUCGAAGUAGAAGAAAUACACGAGCCCAGACUUCUUGUCGGAGUAGGAGCACUCGGAUUGCUGGUGAAUAUAAUAGGUUUAUGUUUAUUCCAUGAACACGGAAGCGCUCAUGGUCACUCGCAUGGUAUAUCUCGAAGUCAUAAUAGACUGAGCACUUUGGUGGGCACGGACGACAAUGAAAACGAUGAAGCUUACAGACCUACGACGCCCCAGGUGAAAAGAGCGCACGGUCACAGUCACGAUGGAAGUCAGAUGAACAUGCGAGGAGUUUUUCUUCACAUUCUUUCAGACGCAUUGGGGUCCGUCAUUGUAAUCGUUUCCGCUUUGAUCGUAUGGCUUACAAAGUGGAAAUAUAGAUAUUACAUUGAUCCGGCAUUGUCGCUUUUGUUAGUCAUCCUUAUCUUACGUUCAGUAUGGCCGUUGCUUCAAGAGUCAGCCUUAAUUCUACUUCAAACAGUGCCAACACACAUUCAGGUCGAUGCUAUACAACAACGUCUGUUAGAAAACGUAGACGGGGUAUUAGCCGUACACGAGUUUCACGUGUGGCAAUUAGCAGGCGAUCGUAUUAUAGCUAGUGCGCACAUACGAUGUAGGAAUCUUUCAGAAUAUAUGAAAAUUGCCGAACAGGUUAAAGAAUUUUUCCAUAACGAGGGUAUACACUCCACGACUAUUCAACCAGAAUUUAUUGACUAUCAUUCAAAUAGUGAAAUUAAAGAAACACCCACGGAGGAUUGCGUGUUGGAUUGUCCAAAGACUGAUAAGCCGUGCAAUCACGCGACAUGCUGUGGCCCCUCCAAGCAAGGACGUGAAACACCUUCGCCCGGUGAGACGCCGUACAUGUGCAGACAACGUAAUAGCUUGGCACGUUCGACCGGCUCAAUGGCAGGAGCGGAGCAACAAGAAGUGAAUGAGAUGGAAUGUGGACAUUUGCUAUCACUGCCCGUCUCGCAUCCGACUUCGUUCCAUUCCGUCCAAAUUCCUCACCCGCACGUUAACGCACCAACUGUCUGAGCUCUCAUCGCAUUACGAGAUAUCUACCUCCUAUAUAGAGAGUAAGAUACGGCGGCGCAUUACCAUUUAUAUUGUAUCGAUUUAUAAAAUGCAAUAACGAGUACGAGUCUGUAUCUAAGAAUUUUUUAGUCUUACACACAAUUGAUGGCAGAGAUUAAAUUGCUUGUUCGCAAAAUCUCCGCGCGUCUCGUAAAUAAAAAAAAAAAAAAAAAAACUCUUUUGUUCCUCUGACAAAAAUUGUGUAUAGAAAAAAUUCUAAACAAUUUCAUCUAUUUUUUUUUGCCAUCCAACAAAUUAGUAGUUGGGUAAUUAAAAUUUUGAUAAUUAAAAUGCCAAAGGCAUGUUAAUACCAAAUACAUUACGUUACUACAUUAAAAGCUAAACAAUGUGACACACAUUUAUUAUUCAUCGUAUCGUAUAUGCGCGAAGACACACGAUACAUGAUAAUAAACGUUAAUUUCCUUGAAAAUUGCAAGACUUCACAUGAUAUGAUAUAUAUAGAUAUAUAUAUAU